GCAGCAUUCUGGCAUAAAUGAUUUGAUUUAUACAUUUUAUACACAUGAAUCGUGUGUUGAUUCCUAUCUUUUCUGGGUUUUUGGAUAUGAAGGUGCUCAUUGUUUGAUUUUUACAUGUGUUUUACUGUAAUCGCUUAUUUACACACACACUGGCCUCACUGAAAGCAGAGCUGGGCCUAGUUUUCAGGACUCAAACUAAACUGAGGAUUAAUUUCCUCCAGCAGACUGAGGUGAAUCGUCUGAUUUCAGACACAGACGCUCAGCCAGGCUCCGUCCUCCUGUGGACUUUUAAUCUCUCUGCUAUAUGAUCUCCACGUGGCUCUGCGGCCUGGCUGAACAGCUGCUGACUGUUUGGUCCUCCUGUCUGGUUCAGUAUGGGGAGCCCGAAGGGACAAAUGACCAACUUAAAGUUCAAAGUUUGAGUCUCUGAGUUGGAGACCAAAUUUCAAAGAACGGUAUUGCAGACAUGGAGCAUAUGCAGAAGAAGAUACUCCUAAAACUAUAAAAUUAAUAAAGUGGAGGGGAAAAAAGUGAAACUAGUGAACAGGCAUCAGCAGACGUCUGUCCUUCUCAUUGUUCAGUGAUGAGUUCAAAUGUCUUGUUUUAUCCAGAACCCCAAAAUACUCAGUUUCCUCUCACAGAAACCAGAAAAUAUUCACAGAGAAGCUGAAACUAUAAAAAGCAGUUAUCAGAAAAGAAUCGACUAAUCAGUAAAAUGACUGAUCGUUGCAGCUCUAGCCUGUGCUCGAUGCUGUGUCCGGCCUCCUGCCUGCCUCUCCUCAGGGAGUUGGCUCAGUGGCGCUGCCUUCUGGGCUGGCAUCACCGCCAUGGCGUUGGUUCAGCUAGUGCUACAGGGCUAACUGCUAACACUGGACAGCAGCAGCAGCACGGGUCAGAGGUCAGGGACAGUUCCCGUCGACCUGUGGGACGCACCAAACCGCUGCCGGGCAGUCAGUAUUCGUCUGCCGGCUGCCUGCUGUCUCUUCACCACACCGAGAAGCCCGAUCACGAGGAGGUGUGCGAGUUCAGGCCGUACACCUGCCCGUGUCCCGGAGCCACCUGCAAGUGGCACGGCUCGCUGGAGGCCGUCAUGCCUCACCUGAUGCACGCUCACAAGUCUAUCACCACGCUGCAGGGGGAGGACAUCGUUUUCCUGGCAACAGACAUCAACCUGUCGGGCGCCGUGGACUGGGUGAUGAUGCAGUCGUGUUUCAGCCACCACUUCAUGCUGGUCCUGGAGAAGCAGGAGAAGUACGAAGGCCACCAGCAGUUCUUCGCGGUCGUGCUGCUCAUCGGCACCCGCAAGCAGGCCGAGAACUUCGCCUACCGCCUGGAGCUUAACGGCAACCGACGGCGGCUCACCUGGGAGGCCACGCCGCGCUCCAUCCACGAUGGGGUGGCGGCCGCCAUCAUGAACAGUGACUGCCUGGUGUUCGACACCUCCAUCGCCCAUCUGUUCGCUGACAACGGUAACCUGGGGAUCAACGUCACUAUCUCCAUGUGCUGACUGAGCCGAGCGGCAUUGCCCAUCGAAGGAGGAGCUUAGGAAGCGCGGAGCUCACCUUCUGCUUCGUUCUGUGGUUACAGGGACCAUGAAAGCCCUCCGGAGGUGGUGGUGGUGCAGUUGGAGUCGACUCGAACAAUUUCGAGCCCAAAUGACUCAGCAGCAGCCCUUUGAGCUCUGUGGACUCUCCUUUGGUUAGGUCUCUGAGGGAAACGGGAAGUAACCUCAGCAGGCCUCCGGCCUUCUCUAGUGGAUGGAGAAAAGGUCAAAUCUGUUAGUUCGACCGUCGCCAUAAUGACAGGCCUGUUAGAGAUUGAACUCUGUCCUCAUUGGAGGAAAUAAACUCUGUCUCCCACAGCAGCUUCCUCUUCCUGUGUCGGGUUCAUCGGACUUCCUGUCAGCCCGGUGUGUUCACAGUAUUCUGCUCUGCAGCUCUGGUUUCCACACAUGUACGUCACUAAUAAUAAUAAUAGUAAUAUUAAUAACAAUAAUAAUUACGGAAACGAUAGGAGAGCCUUUACAGCCGCUUCUCAUUAUAGAUCUCAGAGAUAUCCUGAAGACACAGUUUGGUUCAAAUCCUCAGCCUCGUUAGUUCAGAAGAGGUUUCUUUAUUGAUAAAUGUGCAGAUUACUUUUUAAUUGUUUUGCCUGUCAGAGGACGAGAGUAGAAAAUGUACAGAUGUGUGUUUUGGUAUCAUGUAUAACAAAGAAAACAUCAAAUAUUUAUAGGAGAGACUAAAUAUUUUAAUACUUUUUGCUUUUAAAACAGUCAUUACAACCAUUAUCACUAAUAUGAGAGGGAGAGCGAGAUUAGAUGGAAGUUGCACUCAAAUUUUGAGCGCAAAUUAUUUUGCCAACAUUCACAAAAUAUUCAAUAACAUUAAAGAUGAAUUGGAUUUAUUACAAUAUUUUUUCCUAUAGCUAAUGUAAUCGUGUCUUUAUUGGGAAUCUUUGGAUGAGUUACUAAAGUUAAACAUGUUUAUUUCUUCGGGGGUUAUGUCUGUGGGGACUGACUCACUGUGGAGCCCCUGCUGGACGUUGGAGGAGCUGCAGGUUGUAGCAGCGGCUCGGUCGGUGUGCUUUCUAAGGAAAAAUUAAACAUUAAAAAAGUCAAAAUGGAAGAAAAUGAUUUGAUUUGUUGGUCUUUGUCACAGUGAAUUAAAACCAUUUUCUGACCGUUUAAAGGCAUCAGAAAUAUUUUUAACAUUUUGUAGAAAAUAAUCUGCAGAUUAAUCGUCUGUUUUAUAAAACCAACAGAUGGUCGAGUCAGCCGGUGGAAGAAGUGCCGCCAGCAGCUCACGUAAAGCAGAAUAAUGUGAACACGAUCAUUCAGCCCCUUUUCUAAUCGAGAGGUUGCUGGUUCAAAUCCCCGCAGCUGCGGACGAAGACUGAUGGCGGGGUUUUUGAGUUGUCUGCUGUGGGAAGCAGCUGAGCUGUGGAGCUCAGUUAAUCCUCAGACUUUCUUUAAUCUCAGAUAAAGGCAGGAUUAAUCUUCCCGGCCCUCCUCCUGCAGUCCGUUUAGCCGCCAGCGCCUUACUUUUCUACCGCUGACCUCCUCCUCCUGUUCACUCUUUCUGAGGGAGUGUUGGUGCUGAGCCGAUGAAGGACCGAGUGCUGCUCGAUUGUUUAAAGCCACAGCGACACCACGGACAGAAAUUAUUGUAUUUAUGCGAAACUGUGGGUUUUUAAAAAAUAAAUUCCUUCUAAUAAAACCGUUGUAGCAAAUGACCAGGAAGAUACCUUUGACCACAGACAUGUCUGUAACUGAACCGCAAAGCCCUCAGAGCGCGGCGGCGUUUCCUCCGUGUUCAUGAAGAUAAACAGAACUCAGAAUAAGCUGAUUUCCUCCUGAGUGCUUCGUGCUUAUGCAGAACCAGAGUAGCUUUGUAUGAUUACGUAAGCAUGAUUACCUCGCCCACCAGUGGGUGGAGGGACGGGAUGCUUUCAGUCGCAUUGGUCUGUUAGCAGGAAAACUCAGAAAGUUCUGAGCGGAUUUCGAUGGAGAUUUCUGGAGCUGUUGGGGGCGCGACAAAGAAAAAGUGAUGUGUCUAACCUCAGGAUAAUUCAGAGUCCUCUGAGAACCAUCAGGACCGUCAGUUCUGUCAUAUGAGCAAAGUUUGUUCAUGAUGUCAAAUGCAGAUCUAAUAAUCCAGAAAAUAAUUCACUCCUGUAGAGUAAGAAAUAAAGCCGGCGCCUUGCAGCUGACCCUGAUAGAGUCUGACAGCACUGGGUGGUGUCUACGGCGGCGUCCUGCCACAGAAAGUUUGGGGUGGGCGAGGUGUGCGCUCUGAGUGCCCUUCUAGUUCUUAUGGUGGUCCAUUGUCUGCCCACUUCAUUCUGAUUGGCUGAUUUCUGGAAGCCUGUUGAGGGCGGGGUUCGUGAGCAGGUUUUCUGUUCCUGGAGCAAAACAGCAAAGCGCGGCUCUUACAGCCGUGUGUUAGCUUUACUGCGGUGUGUUAUGUUUGAUUGGCAGGUCAUGAACAGAAAACGUCACAUUUUAUCCAGUUUAUCAAACAUCAGCAUUAAAUUAGUCACGUCCCGCCUUUGCAGGGCGCUAAAUUCAGUCUGCGUUUGAGUGCAAAGGUCAUUGAUGAAUAUUGAAGGUCACGAUGGUAAUGGUGCGGGGAGGAAGACGGCUUAUUUUAAUGUAACAGACUACUGCACUCACAGAAGAACAAAGAGGAAACGCCGCUCUCUCUCUCUACAGGUGUGUUUACCUGGACACGAGUUUCCCAGUUUUGUCUCAGUGAUCUUUAGAACCCUGAACGUUCUCCCUGGAGUUCUGUGAACGUCUGCGUUUCUGAAUAUUCAAAAACCGUCUGUCUGCCGGAGCCGUGAAGAAACACUGUUUAAAUUUACAUCCAGACAAAACCUGACUUACAAAUAAAUGUUGAUGCCAUGAAAAGUGGUGCUAGUUAGAGAUACAGUCUCAAAGUGCAAAAGUCUUGAGCCACCCUUUAGUUUGCUUCCAAGCAGCCAGACGUUCCUGUCGUUUUUAAAGUGCUCUUGAGCAACAGUUCUCCAGUUUCCUGAAGGUCCUUCAAAGCUGUUCUUUGGACAUCGGCUGCUUUUUCAGAGGACUUUUUUUCUUCACACUGACCAUUAUUAAUCAUUAAUAACAUAGCUACACAUAACUGACGACUCAGCAAAGAAGCAGUUUUAUAUUCUCUCUGUAGGCUCUUUGUUUACUCGCAGCCUGCCACAGAAACACAUCGUCUUUAGUAGAAUCUGUGAAACAUGCCAAAGAUAACUCCGUCUGACUGCAUCAAGUAGGAUUUUUGUACCAACAGGAUGAUUUCCAAAGAGCUGUUAGCUGAAACCUUAGCAGGUCUCUGUGCAGUGUGUCCUUAAGGUUUUAGGAACCCUUCAGCUCAGUGGUCUCAGCGGGAGGGUGGCUGUCAUGAAGGCUGAGGGAUGCCACCUUACAGAGGAACUGCACUGAAAACCAGCAGCAGAACUGAUGAAGCGGUGGCUCCUCAUUGGUCAUCAGUAUGUACAGAGAGAGGUCCAACAGCCAAUCACUGGAUACCUGCACCUCCAACAAGAUGGCGACAGUGAAAAGGCUGAUCUCGUGACUUCACGCCCACCUCAUACUGUGCACGGCCUAAGGACCGUGGUAACCACGGGAAGUGUGCGGUCAUGCACUUCAGUGGUGACGUGGUUUUUGUUUUAAAAUUUGUCAGAAUAAUAAUUAAAACAGCCAAUCAGAUUAAGUUUUGCUAAGUUAAGCUUUGUGAUUUGAACCCUUGGAAACGACUCAGUGAAGGAGGUUCAGUUGUGACCGCCGUGAAGGAACCGGGAGACUCGUGUCCACAGACACAACAAUCACCUUCACGUUGCAGCCGCCGACUUUCUAUGAAAUGUUUUGAGAUAUUGUGAAUGAAGCUAAGGUGACAGUAUAUUUUCUAAAGGUGUGUUCCUCCUGCUCUUCGACAUGUUUUCGAGCUCACGGUGAUGUUUCUGUCCUCCGCUGUAACGCUCACUUCUGUCAUGUUUCUGUAAUAAACGGCUUUCUUCACUGUUUU